AAAAAGAAGGAAAUUGGCGUUAAGCAAAGCAUUGGCUCAAAGACCUUUUUUCUAUUUGGUCUUUCCCUCCAUUGUCUCACCACUUUCUCACUGACGACUUGGUACUGAGUGAGAGCAGUGGAGAAGCAAAAAAAUUCCAGAAACUUCCAAAAAGCAUAUGCUGAAUCGCUGCUUCCGGAAACCCUAACAGAGAAUAGCCAUUCCGGUUUCAUUCACCUAAGGUGACUGUUCCACUUGAAAUAUGGAAGGAAGUGAGGGAAGAGAGAGUUUUUGCCCACCUGUGGCAGUUGCACCACCAGUUAUAGAGUUGGACGCGGAGCCAGAGAGAGUUGAUCAGCCCAAGCGUACUGUAAUGUCGAGGCCUGGGAAUGGAACAUCUGGACGAGGGAUUGCUUUGCUUGCAAACCACUUAAAAGUUUCUGUCAAAUGUCCUGAUGAAAUAUUUUACCAAUACAGUGUCUCUAUAACUUGUGAUGAAAAGAGGGAUGUUAACAUCAAGCGGAUUGGAAGAAAAAUCAUAGAUAAAAUUCACGAAACAUACUCAUCUGAAUUUGCGGGGAAGAAAUUUGCUUACGAUGGAGAGAAGAGUUUGUACACAGUGGGACCUCUGCCACGCAACAAAGUGGAAUUCACGGUGGUUGUUGAAGAGUCUAGUGCAAAGCAUGCUAGUGAGAGCCCCUCAGAUAAUGGAAGCAACAAUCACUCUAGUAAAAGAUCUAAGCAUUCUCUUCAUUCAAAAGCUUUCCUGGUGGAGAUCAACUUUGCAGCUAAAAUACCAUUAAAGUCCAUUUCUCUUGCCCUUCAAGGAGCUGAUGCGGAAAAUGUUCAAGAUGCAUUGAGGGUUCUGGACAUUAUAUUGCGACAACAAGCUGCUAAUAGAGGAUGCCUCUUGGUUAAACAGUCAUUUUUUCAUGACGACUCAAGGAACUUCACAGAUGUUGGAGGGGGUGUAAUGGGUUGUAAGGGGCUCCAUUCCAGCUUUCGUCCAACCCUUGAUGGAUUGACCUUGAACAUGGAUGUGUCUACAACUAUGAUCCUAUCACCUGGACCUGUAAUCGACUUUUUGCUCACUAACCAGAAUGUAAAGGAGCCUCGUUAUAUUGAUUGGGCAAGAGCAAAAAGAAUGUUGAAGAAUCUGAGAGUUAAAGCUAAGCACAGCAACAAGGAAUUCAAAAUUGUCGGUCUGAGUGAGAGACCUUGCAAUCAACAGUUAUUUUCUAUGAAAGUAAAAAAUGGUGAUGGCCCAGAUAAUGGAGGAGAGACCAUAGAGAUAACUGUUUAUGAGUACUUCACUAAACACCGUAACAUAGAACUUUCAAACUCUGCUUAUAUGCCAUGCCUGGAUGUCGGAAAACCGAAACGACCAAACUAUCUGCCACUGGAGCUGUGUUAUUUGGUCUCCCUUCAAAGAUACACAAAAGCGUUAUCAUCAGUGCAGCGGGCAUCUUUAGUUGAAAAAUCAAGGCAGAAGCCUCGAGAACGAAUUAAAGUUAUAACAGAAGCUGUCAGGGACUACAGCUAUGAUGACGAUCCCCUUCUUGCCACUUGUGGAGUCUCAAUAGAAAAGCAGCUCAUUCAAUUUAACGGCAGGGUCCUUGAGGCUCCAAAGUUGAAGGUUGGUAAUGGCGAAGAGGUCGUUCCCCGCAACGGCCGAUGGAAUUUUAAUAACAAGCAUCUUUUGACCCCUGCACGAAUUGAACGCUGGGCAGUGGUCAACUUCUCUGCCCGUUGUGAUACAAGUCACCUUUCGAGGGAGCUUAUUAGUUGUGGAAGGACCAAAGGCAUUCAUUUUGAGCGCCCACAUACACUCAUUGAGGAGGAUCCCCAGAAUAGGCGAGCUGGGCCUGUAAUUCGAGUAGAAAAGAUGUUCGAAGAGAUAAUAGCUAGACUUCCUGGCCCUCCUGACUUUCUUCUCUGUGUCUUGCCAGAGCGAAAAAACUCAGAGAUAUAUGGACCUUGGAAGAAAAAAAGCUUGACUGACUUGGGAAUUGUUACUCAAUGUAUCUCUCCGUUAAGGAUCAAUGAUCAAUAUUUAACGAAUGUGCUUCUCAAAAUUAAUGCAAAGCUUGGAGGGACCAAUUCAUUGUUGGCUAUGGAACAUGCGUCUUAUCUGCCGCAUAUUCAGGACACUCCAACAAUGAUUCUGGGCAUGGAUGUCUCUCAUGGAUCUCCUGGUCAAUCAGAUAUUCCAUCAAUUGCUGCGGUUGUGGGAUCCUUAUAUUGGCCAUUAAUAUCCAAGUACAGGGCAGUUGUCCGUAGUCAAUCUCCAAAGUUAGAAAUUAUAGAAUCCUUAUACAAGCCUUUACCAAAUGGAGACGAUGAAGGAAUCAUGGGAGAACUGCUUCUGGACUUCUAUAGGACAUGUAACGGCCAUAAACCAGCUCAAAUUAUUGUCUUCAGGGAUGGCGUCAGUGAAUCACAGUUCAGUCAAGUUCUGAACCUUGAGCUAGAUCAAAUGAUCAAGGCAUACAAGCAUCUUGGUGAGGGAGACAUCCCCAAGUUCACCUUGAUCGUGGCACAAAAAAAUCACCAUACGAAACUGUUUCAAGCUAGUGCACCUGAAAAUGUUCCACCAGGUACUGUUGUAGACACAAACAUUGUGCAUCCAAGAAAUAAUGACUUUUUCAUGUGUGCACAUGCAGGAAUGAUAGGAACAACUAGACCUGCACAUUAUCAUGUAUUGCUCGAUGAGAUUGGUUUCUCACCUGAUGUCCUGCAAAAUCUCAUACAUUCACUAUCAUAUGUAUAUCAAAGGAGCACGACUGCGACCUCUAUUGUGGCUCCUGUCCGAUAUGCACAUCUAGCAGCACAACAAUUUGCACAGUUUGUGAAGUUCGAAGAUCUCUCCGAAACUUCUUCAGGACACGGCAGCGUCAAAUCAAUUGGGAGCACCUCGGUUACCGAACUGCCCAGGUUGCACAUGAAUGUCAGUGACUCAAUGUUUUUCUGUUGAAGUUGGUGAAGUUUUCAACUGCACAUGCUGUAAAUUCUUGGGUAGUAUAAUACUCUGGCUCCAAAUUUUGUGGAGGCUUUAGUCAAGCACUUUUAGGUCGUCUAACAAGGGGCAAAACAUCUUAUUUCUGACAGUUUUCUGGACGUAACUAGGCUAAAAAUAUCACUGUUUAAAGGGCAUAGAAUUUUGGUACAGCUACUUAUAGCCAUUUAGAAUUUAGGACUGACUUUUGUAUAGUCAAUUUUUUGGCCUAAAUUUGGUGCGCCUGAUUUGUUAAACACCAGGAAGCUUUGGUCUAUAUAGUAUUGAAAUGAAAUUCGUCCGUCA